CGGAUAUUGACGACGUCAGGUGAACUGUUCUCAGCUGGUGUGAAAAUGACUGACCCGAGUAAGCACGAUAUAGCUGCAAUUUUCAAACGUCUGCGUUCCAUCCCUACGAACAAGGUUUGUUUUGACUGCUCAGCCAAGAAUCCCAGUUGGGCCAGCAUCACCUAUGGCGUGUUUCUGUGUAUUGACUGCUCUGGAACGCACCGGUCACUAGGAGUGCACCUGUCAUUCAUCAGGUCUACAGAACUGGAUUCAAACUGGUCAUGGUAUCAGCUACGCUGCAUGCAAGUGGGUGGCAAUGCUAGUGCAGUGACAUUUUUCAAUCAGCAUGGCUGCACCACAAAUGCUGCAAAUGCCAAGUACAACAGCCGAGCUGCUCAGCUAUACAGAGAGAAGAUCAAGAGCUUGGCCACCCAGGCCACCAGACAGCAUGGCACAGAGUUGUGGCUGGACAGCCAGGCUCCACUCUCCCCAACAUCACCGCUGGAAAAGCAAGAAGAUUUUUUUAGCCAGCACACAAAGGUAAUCGAAGGAGCUGAACAGUCACUCCCAGUUAGCUUAAACACAGAGCCAACAGCACAUGACAAGAAUAAUAAUGAAGGUAAUUCUGAAGGAGGCCCAAGUGUUGACCUUCUCAGUGUCUCCCCCAAAGCUGUCACAGAACACUCAGCCUGUCUUAUCAAAAAGAAGCCAACCACAGCAAAGAAAACGCUGGGCUCUAAGAAAGGGGGCCUUGGGGCUCAGAAAGUGAGCAGCCAGAGUUUCACAGCACAGGAGAAACGAGCCCAGGCUGUGGACAAACUGAGAGAAGAAUCAAACAUCAAAAAGAGUGUUGAGUCUGAGGAACCCAUAGCGUCCUCUUUGAGACUGGCCUACCAGGAUCUGGAGGUACAGAGAAAGAGGGAUGAGGAGAGGCUAAAGGGUCUAGAAGGGAAGAAGAAGGAGCAGGCUGAGAGGUUGGGUAUGGGACUGGGCAGCAGGAGUGGUGUGUCUCACUCAGUACUGGCUGACAUGCAGACCAUCCAGCAGGAGUCUCCAGCCUCUGCUCAGUCAGGCAGAAGUAGGAGAUACAUAGAUGAGGAGGAAGAAGAGGAAGAGGAAGGCCUGUUCUCCUCCAGAAUGUCAUCCAGGUUCAUGGAUGAACCAUCCAAGUCCUCAGACCAGUUCUUCUCCCAGUGGGAUGAAUCUAAGAAAAAGGAGAGCAAGAAAGCAGAAUCUGAAUUCUAUUUAAGCUCUAAAAUGCCCAGCAUGGAGGAGAGGGCCACAUCAAGAAAGAAGCAUGAUACUGGACCUGUUGUUGCCUCUGAUGAUGCCCAGAGGAAAUUUGGGGACAUGAAGGCCAUCUCUUCUGACAUGUACUUUGGCAAACAAGACAAUUCAGAAUAUGAAGCAAAGGCGCGUCUGGAGAGGUACUCUGGUAACUCUGCCAUCAGCUCAGCUGACUUGUUCGAUGAACAGAAGAAACCAACUGGCUCAUACAGUCUGUCUAACGUCCUGCCCAAUGCUCCAGACAUGAGUCAGCUGAAGCUGGGUGUGCGAACUGUGGCUGGAAAAUUGUCCGUCAUGGCCAGUGGAGUGGUGUCCUCCAUACAGGAUCGUUAUAGUACUUGAGUACAGUUGGAGAAUGAACAUGGAGCACAUUUUGUCAAGGGAGUAGUCUCACAGCAUAGCCAAGGAUUGUCCAAUGAAUGUAGCAUGGUAUAGGUUACAGCUGCUUUACUGUCAUCUGUGAGGCAUAUAAUGAGUUUUUUGGAUCAGCAAAUCUACCUUGAUGCAGCCUUUUGGGGGAAAUUGUCUUGAGGAAACCCUGUUUGUGUAAUUUCAAAGUAGCAUAAUGGAUAUAUGUAUUUUUGUUGGUCUCAUGACAUUGUAGCUAAUAUUCACUAUAUUAUGAUCAUGCUAAAGGCUUCAAAUAAGAUUUUGUAUGUUUUUUUUUCUUCAUAUUUAGUUCCAUGUUUACUUCGAUUCCCUGAAGGGAAAACUUUGCUAUGGUGAACCUCUUACAUUAUCAAGUCAGGUUGGUUAGAUGCAGCUGAACUCUAAAUUUUGAAUUUAAAACUGGGAAGCUAUAUCUGAUCUUAAAGUUUUACAUGCCUUUAAGUGCACUUAAAAGUCCACACAAUUGUUUGUGGAUCACUGUUGGACCAAGUGUCUUAAGUAGGAUUUUCUUUAUCAAGUCAAAACAUUUACAUCCCUUACAUAGGAUGUUCUUUGAAUUUGUGGUUUGUGUAAAACCAUGUAAUUUGGUCCAAAAAAAGGAUGUUUCCACACAAAUUUAUGUGUUGGUGCAUAUUGAAAUGAUUUGUAAAUAGUUUUGCAGUGGUCUUGCCAUUGUAGUGUGUAACCAAAUUUGUCAUUUGAAAAACACAUUUUCUUUCAAACUUUCUUCAUAUAAAAAAGCUUUCUAGUGUAACCAGGGUUGCAUGUUUUCAAAAUUGGUGGUCAUAUUUGUUGUUACUUUCUGUAUUUACACUAGCAAAGGAUUUUGGUAGCUUUUUUUGCACAAUGUUGUGUCAUAAUUUGGGCUGUCUUAAGCUAAACUGCAGCUAAUUUGAUUGUAUUGAUUGGUUGGAAUUUUGGAGUGAGUUAGGUCACCUGCUGCAGCCCUGUGGAAAGAUAAGGUCAGUGGAAGAAAAUGACCAUCAUAGUGCUGCCCACUAGGGAAGUGGAUAUGUACUUUACCUACCAUUUAGUGUUGUCAGUGCAAUUUGUGGCUUUGAUAUUUACACAUGAACUACAUAGUUUCACUCUUGCCCAGUACUAUCAGACCAGAUUCAAAUAAACAAGACUUUAAUUAUUAGUUGAUUAUUUGAAUUGGAUAUUUUAUUGCUGGGUUUUCACAAACAAUGUAUAGUUUUGUGUUUACCGUGAACAUGCACAUGAAACCCCACUCGGCCUUGUGUAUUGACAUUGUAAUACCACACAGGACUAGUCUGACUUUGUAAUAUCACUUGUUUAUGUUUGUGCUAAAACUUUAAUUUGAGAAUGAAGUUGCCUUGAUUAGACUGAAUGGGAGGGAACUGCUGAAACAGUCAUGUGGAGGGAGGACAGGAUGAAAAUCAGGUUACAUAUGAAGUCCAGCUUUGAAUAUUUUAGCAAGUGUCUUGCAAACAACUCUUAGUUGACUAGACUUAGUUGAGCUUGCACCUUAUGAUGCUUUUGCACUACAUGGGGAAAGUUACUUGAGUAGGUGUUGGGAUGGUAAUGUUAUCUCUUUUAAUCAAGCAUUACCUUAAAUGAUGUAAACUGAAAACGUAAAUCAUUUGCUGAAAUUAAAUAUAAAUGGUUUAUUUACUUGAAACUA